AUGAUAGAUUUUCUUUCGUGUAUUACAGCAGUGUCAAAACAGAUUUCUUUCGUCUUUUACGACAGUACCAAAACAGAUUUUCUUUCGUCUUUUACGACAGUGCCAAAACAGAUUUUCUUUCGUCUUUUACGAAAGUGCCAAAACAGAUUUUCUUUCGUCUUUUACGACAGUGCCAUGACAGAUUUUCUUCCGUGUAUUACAACAGUGCCAAAACAGAUAGAUUUUCCGUGGUCUGUUACCACAAUUUUUAUUGCUGGUAAUAUUUUUUUUUAUCUAUCUAUCUAUCUAUCUAUCUAUCUAUCUAUCUAUCUAUCUAUCUCAUUAUAUAUUGGAUUUUUAUUGCUGGUAAUAUUUUUUUUUAUCUAUCUAUCUAUCUAUCUAUCUAUCUAUCUAUCUAUCUAUCUAUCUAUCUAUCUAUCCCAUUAUAUAUUGGGUUAUUUUGUUUUACAGCAUAUCAACCUCAACGGGUUACUUAACGCCAACAAGAUUUUUAUUGCUGGUAAUAUUUUUUUAUCUAUCUAUCUAUCUAUCUAUCUAUCUAUCUAUCUAUCUAUCUAUCUAUCUAUCUAUAUAUCUUGGUCUCUUCAUGCCUAUCUGUCUCUCUUGAUCUUCAUAUCUAUCUAUCUAUCUAUCUAUCUAUCUAUCUAUCUAUCUAUCUAUCUAUCUCAGGCAACCUCAUAUUUGAGGGUCUUGUCCUUCUGCUGA